AUGUGCAGGAAGUCGUGGCCUAAUGCUUGGAAAGACAAGCCAGAGACCGACCCAAAGGGUGAAAACUGCAGAAACUUGGGGCAACAAUUCUUUCCAGUUCUUAUUAAUGUCGCAUUUUUUUUCCUGGGAACAAAAACACUUCAGUCCACCCACCAGGCCACCACCCACCAGGUCACCAGCCACCAGGUCACCAGGCCACCACCCACCAGGUCACCACCCACCAGGUCACCACCCACCAGGUCACCAGCCACCAGGUCACCAGCCACCAGGUCACCAGCCACCAGGCCACCACCCACCAGGUCACCAGCCACCAGGUCACCAGCCACCAGGUCACCAGGUCACCACCCACCAGGUCACCAGGUCACCACCCACCAGGUCACCAGCCACCAGGUCACCAGCCACCAGGUCACCAGCCACCAGCCACCAGGUCACCAGCCACCAGGUCACCAGCCACCAGGUCACCAGCCACCAGGUCACCAGCCACCAGGCCACCACCCACCAGGUCACCAGCCACCAGGUCACCAGCAACCAGCCACCAGGUCACCAGCCACCAGGUCACCACCCACCAGGUCACCAGCCACCAGGCCACCAGCCACCAGGUCACCAGCCACCAGCCACCAGGCCACCAGGUCACCAGCCACCAGGCCACCACCCACCAGGUCACCAGCCACCAGGCCACCAGCCACGAGGUCACCAGCCACCAGCCACCAGGUCACCAGCCCACCAGCCACCGGCCACCAGCCACUAGGCCACCAGCCACCAGGUCACCAGCCACCAGCCACCAGGUCACCACCCACCAGCCACCAGGUCACCAGCCACCAGGUCACCAGCCACCAGGCCACCACCCACCAGGUCACCAGCCACCAGGUCACCAGCCACCAGGCCACCAGCCACGAGGUCACCAGCCACCAGCCACCAGGUCACCAGCCCACCAGCCACCGGCCACCAGCCACUAGGCCACCAGCCACCAGGUCACCAGGUCACCACCCACCAGGUCACCAGCCACCAGGUCACCAGCCACCAGGUCACCAGCCACCAGCCACCAGGCCACCAGGUCACCACCCAGCAGGCCACCAGCCCACCACCCACCAGGUCACCAGCCACCAGGCCACCAGCCACCAGGUCACCAGCCACCAGCCACCAGGCCACCAGCCACAGGCCACCAGCCACCAGGCCACCAGCCACAGGCCACCAGGCCACCAGCCACCAGGCCACCAGCCAACAGGUCACCAGGCACCAGCCACCAGGCCACCAGCCACAGGCCACCAGCCACCAGGCCACCAGCCACAGGCCACCAGCCACCAGGUCACCAGCCACCAACCACCUUAUCACCAGCCACCAGCCACCAGGUCACCAGCCACCAGGCCACCAGUUCACCAACCACCAGGUCACCAGCCACCAGGCCACCAGCCACAGGCCACCAGCCACCAGGUCACCAGCCACCAGGUCACCAGCCACAGGCCAGCAGCCACCAGCCACCAGGUCACCAGCCACCAGCCACCAGGUCACCAGCCACCAGGUCACCAGCCACCAACCACCAAACUGCAGAAACUUGGGUCCACCCACCAGCCACCAGCCACUAGGUCACCAGCCACCGGCCACCAGGUCACCAGCCACCAGUCACCAGCCACCAGCCACCGGCCACCAGGUCACCAGCCACCAGCCACCAGGUCACCAGCCACCGGCCACCAGGUCACCAGCCACCAGCCACCAGUCACCAUGCUUGCCAUACCUUCUGCAGAUUGGACCCAGAAGACACAAGAUGGACAUUCCACAACUCCCACUACCUAUUGGCAGAGACUGGCCGGGCUUUUACAGCAACUCCACAACCGAAUGCACCGGAUGCCAGCAUUAAAUAAAGCUAGUGGCAGCACGAGCAUGGAAGAACGGCACAGAAGCCACCGCAACUACGACUUUGCUACGUAUAUACUUUAA